GCGAGGCUGGAGUAAUGACUGAUGGGAAUUUAGCUUAGCCUCACACAUAUACAUUAUAUUAAGUAUAUUAAAAUAGAAACCCAUUAUUUUAAUUGGUACUUUUUUACUACUGGUUUUUUUUUCAGGUCCAGUCAGAAAGAAAAGUGGGAGGAAAACUAGGAUCAUGUGACUCUGUUGUAACUCAAACCAAUAUAUUUAAACCAGGAACAGCAUUCAUUCAAACCUUCUCAAACAACAGCAGAAAGAAUCACAAAAAUCGCUUGACAUGAAGAUGAGAGUUUUCUACAAGAGUCUGCUGUUUCUGCUGGUUUGGACAAAGACAGGAGGAGAAGUGAACAUAGCGACACAGGGCACAGCCGAUCAGUCCACAACGCAUAUUGCCUGGUAUGCCACGAACGCUCUGGAUGGGUUGAACUCCACCUGCACUCAUACAGAGUUACAGAGUAACCCGUGGUGGAGGCUGGACCUGAAGACGACGUACAGAGUGUACAGAGUGACCAUCACUAACAGACCCGACUGCUGUGCAGAGAGGAUAAACGGGGCGGAGAUUCGGGUCGGAUCAGAUCUUUUUAACAACCCGGUAUGUGCUGUAGUUUCUUCUAUUCCAGUGGGAGCUACUUCCAGCUACUUGUGUAAUUGGAUGAAGGGACGCUAUGUUACUGUGAAUAUUCCUGGAGAUUCAAAGUAUCUUACUCUCUGUGAAGUGGGAGUCUACGGGAUUAUAGACAAUUUGGCAACAGGAAGAACCGUCACACAGUCAUCAACCUAUCCUGGCCUCUGGACUGCUGAUCGAGCCAUUGAUUCAAAUCCAGAUUUCAUGCAGCCGUGGUCAACAUGUUCCUCAACCGAUAUUCAGACUAACCCAUGGUGGAGGCUUGAUCUGGGCUCUGUGUACAGAGUUAAUAGAGUCGUCGUCACAAACAGAAUAGACUGCUGUCCAGAACGAAUAAACGGAGCUGAGAUUCACAUCGGAAACUCCUUGGAGAACGACGGCAACAACAAUCCCAUAUGUGCUGUGAUUUCUAGUAUUCCAGCUGGCGCUUCCUCCACCUUCACAUGUAGUAAUAAGGCUGGACGAUAUGUAAAUCUGUUCAUUCCUGGAGAUUCAAAGAUUCUUAAUCUGUGUAACAUUGAGGUCUAUGAAGAAGACGACACUUGUGAAGAGGGAACUUGAAGUCUGAGUCCGUCUGAAACUCCAGCUCCAGUCACAGUCCGUUCUGGUGGAAAGAGGCUUUUCUGACGAGAAGAGAGAGAUGAUGAUGAUGAUGAUGAUGAUGGCUGAACCUAAACUAUCUUCAAAUCAGCUUUGCUCUUUAUUUACUGCACAUGCUGGACAUUUCUCCAUUUCUUAAUGUUGGUCACAAAGUUGCAUGUCAAAAGUGAACCUUUCCUUGUUACUUUAAACUAAUUUCUAUGGAAAACAAGUUUAACAAGUUUAAUUUAUUAAUGAUAAAAUGUCACAUGGUAAACUGUUAAAUAUAUGAUCAUUCAACAUGUUUUAUUCUGUACUUUAAUGAAUUGCUGUAUUAAAACAAA